AUGGAUACUUAUUCCAAAUCUCGCCGGCGGGAGACCCGUAAUUCUCCCGUCGAAUCGUCUUCAGACGAAUUAGCGGCAGCUUCAGAUCAUGAGCAAGCUGAUCGUCGACGAACAAGCUGGGGCGUACAUAAGAAUUUCACCCCGCAACGCCCAACCCAUGACCGUCACAUGAGAGAGACAGAGAGUCCAGAUGAAUUGGCCGUCGACGCUGAAGAAUACUGGCGCACUUCUCGCAACCGCCGAAGCCCCUCGCCCAUCAACCGCCCCACCGACAUGAGCAGCAACGCUGAACGCCUUUCGGAAGAUCGAUUGAGUACCGCGGACGAAGAUAACAAUCCUAUUCGUGACAACAUUUCUGAGCGCUCCUCCACCCCCGUUGCUUCUGUUCCGGCUCUACCUCCCAAGCCUAAGCGCCUGAACUAUCGUGAGAAGUUCGUCCUCCAAGGCCACCUGCGGGGCGUGUCUGCUGUUCAAUUCUCUCCAGACUGUUCGAUGAUCGCGAGUGCUGGUGCCGACGCAGCAAUCAAGGUCUGGGAUACAUUAACUGGCAGAUUGAUUUACACCUUCGAGGGUCACCUCGCGGGCAUUUCUACGCUUACCUGGAGUCCUGAUGGCCAAUGGAUCGCCUCUGGAUCCGAUGACAAGACCAUCCGGUUUUGGAACGUGAAUACCGGCCGAGCUCACACCAAGACCUUCGUCGGACACCACAACUAUGUCUACCAAAUCGCAUUCGCACCCAAGGGAAACAUUCUCGUGAGCGGUUCCUACGAUGAAGCCGUGUUUUUGUGGGAUGUGCGCCGAGCGCGCGUUAUGAGAUCUCUCCCUGCCCAUUCCGACCCCGUCGCUGGUAUUGAUGUCGUUCACGACGGUACACUAAUUGUGUCCUGCGCAUUGGAUGGUCUUGUUCGCAUCUGGGAUACACACAGCGGCCAGUGUCUCCGAACUCUUGUGUUCGAGGACCAGCCGCCUGCCACCUGCGUCAAAUUCUCGCCGAAUGGCAAGUACGUUCUGGCGUGGACUCUGGAUGGCUGCAUCCGUAUGUGGAAUUAUGUUGAGAGCCGAGUCGUCAAAACAUUCCAGGGUCAUGUCAACAAGAAACAUAGUCUGUCCGGGUGCUUUGGUCGGUACGGCCCGCAGGAUAUCCAGUACUCCCCACCGUUGUGCUUUGCCGUCAGCGGCAGUGAGGACGGUGCUAUCAUAUGCUGGGACCUGACUAGCAAAAACAUCCUCCAGCGCAUUGAGGGUCACACUGAUGUUGUUCUCUGCGUUCACUCGGGCAGUUUGAACGGCAAGCGUCUCCUCGUGAGUUGCGGGUUAGACAAAACAGUCCGUGUAUGGGAAGAGGUUCCCGAAGAGGGAGAUUCCAAUGGAGUCUCUGACGAUGCCAUUAGUUUGCCCAACGGCGUUUCUGUUGCUGACGAGGAUGGCGACAACGCGAUGACGGACGCUCCAGGGCCUUCUGCUACUACCACUCCUGCAGAGGAUUUGAUGAUGACAUGA